CUUUUAGAUAGUUGUAAAAGUGGUUUGUUCUCAAAAUUCCUUUUCUUAGCAUAAUGGUGCACAUUAUUUACCCUUUUUUCUUUUUUUUUCUUCUUGCCACGCAGUCACUGUGAACUGAACCAGCCCCAGUGAAUGGGUGGGAUCUGUCCAACACUUCCAUAGCCACGUAGCUAGCUACAAGCGUUAGCUUCGCAGCUAACGUCAGCGGACGUUACAAUGGAUUUGCCACAUCAGGGAUACCGAGCAUCUAAACAGAGAGGUCGUACCGCUCCCUCCGCAGCAGAUUCUGUCCUUUUCGAUGAUACCAGCUCUGCAGCACCAGCAAUGAACAGUCAAGGAUACUACACUCCUGGGUACAAUAUGGCAGGACCCUCAAAUGACAUGCAGGGAGACGCUGGAGUGAACAACCUGUUUGCUGACCCAAUGGCAAAUGCUGCAAUGAUGUACGGCUCGUCCUUGGCCAACCAAGGAAAGGAUAUGGUAAACAAAGAGAUCGGAAGAUUCAUGUCUAUGAACAAGCUGAAAUACUUCUUUGCCGUCGAUACUCGAUAUGUACUGAAGAAACUCAUGAUCCUCAUGUUCCCAUAUACACAUCAGGACUGGGAAGUUCGUUACCACCGGGACACUCCACUAACUCCAAGGCAAGAUGUAAAUGCGCCUGAUCUUUACAUACCAACAAUGGCUUUCAUUACCUACAUUUUACUCACUGGGAUGGCCCUCGGCAUCCAGAAAAGGUUCAGUCCAGAGGUUCUCGGUCUUUGUGCCAGCACUGCCCUCGUGUGGAUCAUCAUCGAGGUCUUGGUGUUGCUGCUGAGUUUGUACCUGAUGACUGUGCACAGCGACCUCUCCACCUUUGAUCUCAUCGCCUACAGUGGAUACAAAUACGUUGGGAUGAUCUUCACAGUGUUGUGUGGCUUACUGUUUGGCAGUGAUGGGUAUUAUGUGGCCCUCGCCUGGUCCUCUUGUGCCCUUAUGUUCUUCAUUGUUCGAUCUCUGAAAAUGAAGAUCCUUCCCUCUCUCUCCUCGGACACAAUGGGAACUGCAUCAAGUGCCAAACCUCAGUUCCGCCUUUAUAUCACCGUGGCCACUGCAGUCUUUCAGCCAAUCAUUAUAUACUGGUUAACCUCUCACUUGGUCAGGUGACCUCGAGGCAUUUAAUAACCCAUGUGUUUUUUCCAUGUGUCCAUGUGUACUGGACCCAAAAAAAAAGUGGUUGUUGAAUAUUUGUACAAUGACCUUUAUACACUUUUGUCAGUACGUUCAGAACACAUGGAGACAGAGUUGAGCUGCAGCGUGUGUGCAGCAGCUCGCAGCAGAUGUCAAUAAUGCAGUUGUUUUAUUGAUUUAACAAGAAAAUGAGAGAGAAAAAUAACUCCCUGGAAGACUCUUGUUUUACGCCUUGAAUGUACAGCAACUCUGCCACCUGCUUAUUUUUGGCCACUGACAUUUGAAGACAAGGGAUUUAAUUUUGAUUUAAUUGGUUUCAGUUUGUGUUUUAUUUUAUUUACAGUAUAAAUUUACUGUCCGUUCUUUCCAGUAUAUACAUGUCACUGCCAGACAGAACACACACCACACACAGACAUGAUUCAAGAAGUACCUUUUUUUGGUAUGGUAAUGUUGCUGCAUUACCUCCCCUCUCCUGUAAAGCCUUGUUUUUAUUUAUCUACAUUUGACAAAGCAUGGCAAUGUUUGGAACUUUUUGUAGGGGAAAAAAAUAAAUAUAUUUGGCGUUGUUGGAUUCAGCUUUAACAGUU